AUGUCUGUUGACAUCCGACUUAGCGUACGAGACACAGACGAGUGGCAGAAAGUCAAGGAUGACCUCAUUUUCGUGGAGUUUGAGAAGACAGCUGUGACGGUUCCGCUUCUUACUGUCAUUGCAAAUCGCGACCGACCCGACCCUGUUACCGCGCAGUUGGAAACGAUCCAGCACAACGUUUCUUUGCCUGACGUCUCUCAUCCAUCGCACGUGCAGCAAUCUGUCGCGGGGGCAGAGGAUGAGCAGUCGGAUGGCGACCAAGCUAUGGACAUGAGCGACGACGACGACGACGACGAACCUGCUAAGCCUGUCGUCCGGCCGAUCAUCCAACCUCUCACUCACCCUUUGCCUCGGCCAGUGAUACAAGCAGCUCCACCUGUGAAGCAGGUUACUGUUCUUGAUACUCUUGAGCUGGCGCUGGGCCCCAAGUCUCCUCGAAAGAAUGACAGGCAACCACCCAGAGGUUCUGCUCGUUACUCAAGGUCGCGAUCACCAGAAAAACGCAGCAGACAAGGUUCCCAGCAACCCAAAGCUAAGCCUGCUCCACUUCCGAAAGACUCGGCGCAGGAGAACAUCUUGGCGGCCCUUGGUGUUGAGGGUUCACCUAAGAUGGUUUAUCCCACUCCACCUCCUGCCCUGGGAUUGCCAGUCCCUCCGGGCAACCGGUAUGCACAACAAGUCAAGGCUAGGAACACAGCAAAUCUGACAUUUGACAGUAGAAGAAUUACUCCGCCUGGUGGCUUCGCACCUCCGAAUCAACGCUUCGCAUACGGUCCUCAAUUUCCUCCUCCGCCGCCACCUCGCGAAAGCCGUUCGCCGUCCUUCGAUCCAUGGCGUGCACAAGAUCCCGCUAGUCCGAAAUCCACCACCUCUCAGCACACAGCAGUUGGAUCAGACUUCCACGGUGACGACGUCAUGGUUGACAUGGAUGCUACGCCUAAAGCUAAGGCACCACUUGCUUCUGAGAAAUCAGGCAGUGGCAGGAAGCGUACUUAUGAAGAAGUGGCUGCUGCAGAAGGGCGCCGCAGACAGGACGAGGACGAUGACACUCCCCGCGCACGACGUAUCCGACAAAGUAGACAAGACGUCUACAGGUACGUUGGCCGCUACACGAUUGCUUCAUACAAGACUAACAACAUCUUCAGUCGUUAUCGUCGGUAA